AUGGGAAGCAACAAAGAGAGAAUCGAAGGUUUGGAAGCAAAUCUUGGAGAAUUGCAGGACGAGCUGCAGAAACUAGGCCAAGGCAUGAUAGACAAAUUUCAGUCUAUGGAGGCAAUGAUGAAAAAAAUCGCAGAGUCAAUGGGAAACAACAAAGAUGGAGAGAGCAGUGCACCACCAUCUGCGAGACGCAACGUCGGCAGUCAUCAUCACGAUCCAAACAAUCGGGCAGACACCAUCCACACAAACCCCGUCUAUCAAGCACGUUCCGUGAAGUUGGUGUUCCCUCGAUUCAGUGGUGGUGAUCCAACGUCAUGGCUCAGCAAAGUAAAGCAAUAUUUCGCUUACAAUGAUACACCAUCAGAUGAACGAGUGUCAUAUGCGUCCUACCACUUGGAAGAUGAAGCCAAUGAAUGGUGGCAAGCAAUCUCCAAAGCGUUGAAAGAAGACAAUGUCUACAUCUCUUGGCUCGUGUUUGAGGAAGAGUUGUGGGCACGUUUUGGACCAACCGAUGGCGAUAACUUCGAUGAGGCAUUGUCAAAAAUCCAACAAACGGGUACGCUUCGAGAAUACCAGCGAGAGUUUGAACGUUUGCAGAACAAUGUAGACGGCUGGACUCAGAAAGCUCUUGUUGGCACAUUCCUGGGCGGAUUAAAUCCAUCCAUAGCUGAUCCCAUCCGCAUGUUCAAACCACAAUCGUUGAAAGACGUGAUUGGACUUGCAAGGAUGCGUGACGACCAACUGCAAAAACAGAGGAAAGGUUCGAGUUUCUCUAAUCUGGCGUCUCGUAAUUUUGCUCCAACGCCAACUUGUGACGCAUCCCUCACCCCAAAGAAGCUGAGUUGGGAUGAAAUCAAAAGGAAGCGUAGCUUGGGACUCUGA